AUGAUGGUACCUCCCGGUGCUAUUGUGAGGGCACAAACACCCGGUUCAAUACAAACCCGCUUACCGAUGACCGCGAUGCAAGUGGCGGUCCGAAAAUUGCGGCGAAAAUUUCUUAAAACCCAUUCAACUGUGUUAUUCGGUUCGGGAGAGCCUAUCUGUGAUAGAUUCGACUUCGAAGAUCUCGAUAAUGAAAACCUAAUCUAUGUGAAAUUUUUCAAAUUCUACCGGUGUUAUGAUCUGAUCCCAGUCAGUGCCAAAUUAGUCGUCUUCGACACACAACUCGUGGUCAAAAAAGCCUUUUUCGCACUUCUAAGCAAU